UUCCAUCCCUCCGCAGUGGCCACUAUCCGUGUCGGCAAAGGAGAAGCCCAGGAAGACCUCAUCGUCCACGAGGACAUCAUCUCCCGCUCCGACUUCUUCAAGCGUGCGCUCAACGGUAAUUGGGCCGAGGCUGAGACCCGAGUCAUCGAAAUGCCAGAAGACGACCCGGCCGCGGUCCGUCUGUACCUCAACUUCGUCUACACCAAGGCCACUGCUGCGCAGAUUACGUCCGACAACCAAACGAGCUUUCUACGCGAGAUUAAGGAGCAGUAUUGCGAGGUCGCAAGAGUCUACGUGCUCGCUGAGAAGUUGCAAGAUACGCUGACCAAGAACGCCAUGGUCCGUAUGAUGUCCGAACUCACAUUCAAGCGUGACAAGAAUGAGAGGCGUUACUUUCCUAGUUAUGAAUCGAUCAGUAUCGUGUACAACGAGACACCAGAAAAGAACCUCAUGCGACAGCUUCUAGUGGACUUCUGGACCUCAGUCGACGUACCCGUUGUGGCUCAAUCCUACGACAUGCUCCCAAAGGAGUUCAUGCGAGACCUCCUAGUCGUGCUUCUCAAAGAGAAUCAGAAGAGGGGGAACAACGCGAGGGUCAAUGACGUUGAGAAGUAUCUUGAGCAGGUCUGA